CCCGGCAGUUGAGCUGUAAGCUGCGCCAUCCCGCUCCGCCGCCUCACACCAAGCCGCGAAACUUCCUGUAACCAUCAAAGUCAACUGAGGGUAUAAUGCUCAUACGAUGAAGCCUCUCUUCGUUGUGAUCAACGGCUUAGACGAUCUGGAAAGCAACAACAGUUGUUCGACAGAAAAGCGCAAUUCCAUCCAAGCCAAGCCGAUUUCAGAUCUGUGGCCGGAUGCCGAAGUCAGGAUCUUUGACUUGUUUGAUAAGAACGCCCCGCCCUCGCAAGUCAACGAGAUUUAUCUUAUACAGCAUGCUCGACGUAUCAUUCGCGACUUGAAUUGCUCCGAUGAUGUACCAUUGCGUACUUAUGCCAAUCCCUCCCCAGUGGUGUUCCUUGCUCACAACUGCGGCGCUGCACUGGUUCAAAAGAUCUUGUUCUUGGCCAUCCAAGACAUUUCUUCGCAGUGGCUCGCUAUUUGGGCAGUCGCUGUUCACUUUGUUAACUCGCUUGCGGUUGUCAACGAUGGGCAGUCCGAAUGGGAACAUUACGUUGUCAACCUCCUAUCGAAUACUAAAAUGGGUCUUUGGCACCUUUCAGGCAUCUUUGAAAAGUUGCCGAGUGCAUUGUUGCAAGUUGGGGUUGAGUUCUCGGCCAUCGCAGAUGCAUUUAGCAUUCAUUACCACAGCAUCCAGAGUACAGGCUCAGACAAAACUUUGCGUGGCUUGUGGGGCCUCCACAAUGGGCAAGAAGGAUACGUUGACAUGCUUGCAAGCAUCCAUGGGGCCCUUCAUCAGGACUGGUGGGACUCAUUUAGAGAAACACGUCGACCAUUUUGGGAGAGGUUCUAUCACAGGUAUAUUGCGGUUGGUGGAGGAAGCUUGGGCUGGUUGAUCCCAGACCGCCAGGGGCAGCCUUACAGUUUCUUACAGAGCAGCUUCCAUGACAAACCCCCCUUCGAUUUGAAGUCAUGGAUGGAAUCUUCCAGGUCAGAAAUCCUGCUGGUCGUUGGGUCUCCGGAAUCUGGUACCAGAAGCCUUGCUUGUUGGGCUCUUACGACGCUACAACAAACGCCAAGCGCCCUCAAAGCGGACAUGAUGGUUCUCAGCUACGACUUCACUGCCCAAAAUGCGAGACCAAGAACUGAGAGCUCCGUUCUUACGUCCCUCAUUCAACAGAUUAUCAUGCUCAGUCCCGACAGUUGUCUACACGUCAAGAGGCAUAUGAAAAGUAUUUUCAGGUCAAACAUGCCUUACGUACCGUGUAACCUGUUAUGGAGCUUACUCAGAACUCUUCUCGAAGCUGUUAAGCCUCAUCGAAUAUUUUUGGUCAUACAUGCCAUCGACCAAUGUCCACAAGAUGCGCCGAGGGCAGGAACACCGAGACAUCCACGAGCGGUCGGAUGCAAACUGGCAGAUCUCUUGCUCAUCUCUCAAGGACCAUUGGCCAGACACGUGAAGAUCCUCAUGACAAGCUCAAAUGAUUUGGGCCUAAAGCAAGAAAACCAGAUACGGCGGUUUGACCUCAAAGAAGACAGCUGCAGAGACAUUGUCAAGAGAGUUGCCAAAGAAAGAGUUUCAAAAGUCUUAUCGCAAGCAUCCGCUUGGAGAGACUUUGAGCCUGAGAUCAUGGAAAAGAUUUGCGUGAAGGAUCACACUUACCUUCAGACCAUGCUCAACAUCGGACUCCUGGAGCAAAGCACAAUUCCCGCAACAAAGGAAGCCAUAAAGUGUUGGUUGUCCAAACCCCUCCCUUUCGGUGCAGAAUCUGCGCUCUUCGAGGUACACGACGUCAUGUCAGCCAGAAACAUUCUCAGCUGGGUGUCAUACGCAGUUCGACCGCUCACCCUUCGCGAACUUUCGGUCGCGGUAGCGCUGCAGGGCCUCUCCCUAACUGAUGCACUGAUGAUUGGAAAUAUGUCACUCGAGUUGCUAGAAGCCAAAGUCUCAUCCAAUCUAGCAAGAGACAUUGAAAAUCCCUUAAAGAUACUCAUCGAUAUCGAGGAUGAUCAGCACGUUACGCUUGCUCAUCAUACACUGCGGCCAUAUCUUGAAAAAGAAGGGACAUGGCUAUGGCCGGAGCAACACGCUUCAAUUGCCAGUUGUUGUUUAUCCUACAUGAAGCUCUGCUCUCAACACAACACUGAAAACGAUGCUCCACAGCCUGAGAAUUCCGCGCUCGACGAUGCUUUUGCGCUCUUGGAAUAUUCCCAGAUUUAUUGGACACAGCAUUAUGUCCUUGCGCGUUCAUCCAACGAUGACCUCGAUGAGCAGGUUCUUGACUUUCUCACUUCCGGAUCCGAGUCACCCGCCCUCCGAUCAUGGGCAGAGGCGUACCAGACUAUUCAUGAUAAGGCGCAACUCGAACAGCUUGACAUUGAUGAUCCUUUAACUUUGGCAGUCCAACUCGGCUUGAGUCGGAUCGUGCGAGUGAUAGUUGGGAGGGAAAACGUCCAACAACAACCGGAGAGGCUGGAGAAGGCACUGAGUCUUUCGGCCAAGUCCAUGCCCCUGACAUCCGAGAUAAUGGGGUAUCUUUUGCCCCAUAAACUUCCGAGUCACGACUUGAGUCCCGCACUUCUUGCUGCGGCACAAUAUGGCAACACGGACUGCCUUGGAUUGCUCCUGGACCACAUGGGUGGUUCUUUGGACGGCUUAUUGCAGUCAGCUCAAGCACCUGAGAAUCAAGAUCCGGUCUUGUUAGCAGUCUCAGGCGGACACACAUCAACUGUCGAGCUGCUACUUAACCGAGGGUGCAGCGUUCUCAGAGAAGACACAGUCAAAAACACCACACUACACCUCGCUGCGCAGCUGGGUGAUGCCGAAACGCUGUCAAUCAUGAAGACGCUGCAAAAAACCGAUUUCAGCAUUGCACGACGGUUGAAGUCGACGCCUCGAGAUCUGACACCUCUGGGACUGGCCUGUCGCAUAGGAUCGUCACCGACCAUUGACAUCCUUCUCGAGGAUUGUGGCACCGAAGACGGCUCACCGCCAUUCGGAUUACCUACUGCCGAUAUCUUGGUGAAUAUCAUGUUGACUGGGAACCUCACAAUGUAUCAGAAGCUUGCCGUUAUGGUGAAGAAUCCUUUCAGUCAGUCAUACGAGCGAUUUUCCACACCUCUCUUCGCGCGGACUGCUUCCAUGGAAGUACUUAAGUACUUUGUGGAAGUGGAAGAGAAGUCAAUCGAGGGUGAUGCAGAUAACGCACAUCAAGAUACACCCAAAAAAGCAUUCAAUGACGGGAUAUACGACUCCAUUCGUUGCGCUUGUGAAUGCCUUAACGAUGAUCUCGCAAUUUGGCUUUGGAGGAAGUUGGAUCAACCUGGAUGGGAUGUUCAUUUUCGAACUGCGGUCCAACACGGUAGCCUCCCUUUACUCAAGCAUCUUCUCAACCAUGGAUAUCCACUGGAUAAGACUCUGAGCACCAAAUAUGGUGUCACUACCUGGGUGGAGAGGAUACACACUGCAGUGUUCUGUAAUCACGUCGACGUCGUGAGAUACCUCGCGCAAACCAUGGCGAAGGCUAGGGACUCAGUCAUCCAGCAUUUGAAACCAAAGAAACCCGAGCUUGCAUCAUUACUCAUCCGAGCCGCCCAUUUAAAUUACGUAUUCUGCCUCCGCGAGUUGCUUCGUGAGAUCUUUGUUCCUUUCGAUCUUUCGGAGGUAUGGGGCAUAGUUUUGGAGAACGUUGUCACCGGGACCAGCCUGACAAGUCUUAUGGAUGUGUGUGAGUUGAAACCAAAGGGAUAUAAACUGUCCUCGUCUCUCGGAAUAACGGCUUUGCGGAGGGCCUUAACUCUCGAGGAUACACGAAGGUUGGAGCGUGUGGAUGUGCUACUCAACAAAGGCAUCUUGAAGCCCAGCUUGGCGGAUAAUGGUGACACAUCGGCUCUACAUGUCGCAGUGGGAGAAGAACCAUACGACGUCAAUGUCGUGAAGCUGUUACUGCAAGCAGGAGCAAGUCCAAAUGUGGGCAAGGUGUAUUCGCACACUCCCUUGCACGUUGCGGUCAAGAAAGGGUUGACUGAUAUCUUUCACCUUCUUCUCCAGCAUGGUGGCGACCCUAAUAUAUGUGAUUACGAAGGUCAAAAUGCUCUCCAUCUGGCGAUACGGGACGGAAGAAAUGACAUGAUCAGGCUCCUUCUCGACCCGUGGAUUCAACCCGAGCGGCACGGCCGUGAUCAUUCAAGCAGUCGUAUGCCUCCCGCUCUAUCCCGGCGCAACACCGAGAGACGGCGGGUUUCUCAUCCAACCCCAGAUCUGCUUUCGACAGAUAAUCUUAAGCGACCCUCCAUGGACGCUCCAACGGCGGAUAUGCAUAAAAAGACACCACUCAUCCUUGCAGUCGAGAAAAGACUCAUUGAUGUUGUGCAUAAGUUGCUGCUAGCGGGCGCAAACCCAAAUCUACAAGCUUCAGACGGGUGCACUCCGCUCAAUAUCGCCAUAUGGACAGGGUCGCUAGAGCUGGUGAGGAUGCUCAUUGAAAAUAAAGCGGACGUGAACAAGAUAACCAGCCAUCCGUUUGGAAGUCCACUACAUUUUCUUGUUCGUCGACGCCCCAAAACCUCAUACUUCCAGAAUGUGGCAGAGCUACUAUUUCAAAACAACGCAAACGUCAAGGCCCAGGACUUGCUCGGGUUUACUCCAUUGAUGAGGUACUUGUGCCAGUAUCAAGCUCCUGUGAUCGCUGUGGACCCAGCACCCCCAAGUGUUUUGGAGAAGCUUACAGAAGAGACCGCUCUACCCAUCGCCAACACCUUCGGUAAAACCGCUUUGCAUUACGCUGCCUUUUUUUCCAAUACAUGUGGUAUGGUCAUCAAACUUCUUCAAGCCGGGGCAGAUCCACUCGCGCGUGACAAUCUUGGCCACAGACCGCUAUACUACGGUCUCCUCAACGUGGACAGGGCGGGCGAGAUGUUGCCGGAUUUGGUGCCAAUCUUGAUCAGUGCCAUUCCUCCAAGUGCCCGGCGCCUUACCCUUUCUGAAGCUAUCAUUGCAGCAGUGAAGACCGGACUGGAAAGGCCGUUGGAUAUGAUUUUAGAGGCGGCAGGAGAGGGUUUUGACUUUCUUGACAAUCCAGACAAUAGCGGGUACCGGGCCCUGGACAUUGCCUCUUCGUUUGGGAAAGGUUUUGAAACGGCUUGCCAGAAGAUCAUUAACUUGGGAGGGAAGGCUGCACUAGACGAUGAGAAACAGACGCCUACGCAAUGGAACAAGGAUGAUAGGAGCGAGUAUCUCGACGUGUCGGAGAAUGGAACAGAGGUGUCAUCCAUAGCAUAUCCAAUAGAUUCCAACUCGAUGCUGCUUAUCGGAACAGUGCGGGCGGAUCAUCCUAUUCCCACCAACAAACCGUUCUACUUCGAGGUGGAAGUUGUCGAACUGCCGAUACUAGGCUGCGUUUAUGAUGAAAAUCGCAAUUGGCUUUCAAACGGAACAAUGUACACUACGCGCUUGCGUCGGCUGGAGAAGAAGCUCAUGGGGUUAUCACAGUGAUAACGGCGAAGUGUACAGUGAUGACGGCGAAGUUUACAACGCCUUGGAUCUUAAUUACAGGUCCAUUUACGGGGAUGAGGAUGAUUGUAGACCUACACUGUACGGUGAAACCGACGUCAUUGGCGUUUUUGUCGACCAGCCCUUAGAAAGGGC